AGCAGGGGCAUCUGACUACCGAGGAACAUGGCUGCGACAAGCAUGACGAAAUUGCUGCGAAUUUUACCGCAGAAUUCUCGCAGGAUUCAACCAUUCUUCCCAUGCUUGAGAUGCACCGUUGUUACCAAGAGGGCCUUUAGAUCAUUUGGGCAUGAUGGCUGUAAAGCGUCAUAUCUGCUGCGAAAGCACAUCGGCAACACAAUUGAUGGAGUUCAUUCGGGGACAUCCUUUGGCAGACUAAUCCACACUAGCCCAGCAGCCACGGCCAUUUCAGAUCCUUACAAAGUACUGGGCGUCCCGAAGAAUGCUUCGCAGAAAGACAUCAAGAAGGCUUACUAUGAGUUGGCCAAAAAGUAUCAUCCAGACAGGAACAAGGACAACAAAGAUGCUGCCAAGAGGUUUGCUGAAAUUGCUGAAGCAUAUGAGGUUUUGGGUGACGAGGCACGAAGGCGGGAAUACGACACCGUGGGUGCAUCAGGCUUUGGUGGGGGUGGCUUCCAGCAAGGCCAGUGGCAGGGCCAACAAAUGGAUCCCGAGGAGCUCUUCAGGAAGAUCUUUGGCAAUGCGGGCUUUGGCAUGGGAACUGGAGGGGAUUCACCCUUUGGGGACUCCAUCUUUGGCGGAUUGGACAGGGGCCACGAGGUGAUGAUGGACUUGACGUUCAGCGAGGCGGCGAGGGGGGUCAACAAGGAUGUGACGGUGACCAUGGAGGACACAUGUGAGAGGUGUAAGGGGAAUCGGGCAGAACCGGGUACCAAGACAACCAAGUGUCACCGGUGUAAUGGCACUGGGCAGGAGACUAUCAACACCGGUCCCUUUGUCAUGCGGACGACCUGCCGGCAGUGCAGGGGCAUGCGUGUCAUCGUCACCGUCCCUUGUAUGACCUGUCGGGGCGCAGGGACAACCAUGCAACGCAAGAAGGUCACCGUGCCCGUCCCAGCAGGUGUUGAGGAUGGCCAGACAGUCCGGAUGCCGGUUGGUAACAGGGAGCUCUUCAUUACGUUCCGCGUAGCCCGCAGCCAGACCUUCAGGCGUGAUGGUGCUGACGUUCAUUCCGAUGUAACAGUUAGCUUCACCCAAGCCGCGCUCGGUGGCAGUCUCAAGAUCAAAGGCAUCUAUGACAGUAUCCACCUUAGUAUACCAGCAGGAACUCAGUCACAUACACGGAUACGUCUACCAGGUAAAGGCAUCAGUCGCGUGAAUGGUUAUGGCUACGGAGACCACUAUGUCCAUAUCAAGAUCCAAGUACCUACGAAACUAACCAGUAAGCAGCGGGCGUUAUUAUUGGCAUUCGCUGAGGAGGAGACAGGUGUGUCAGGAACGAUUGAUGGAACUACCAAGACUGGCGAUGGAGCCAAAAUUGCUACAUCGGAUCCCGAUGGUCUCAUCAGCCAGAUCCGAAGCUGCCUGCACAUGACCUCCGACCUGUCCGACAUCCCAGCCCGCAAAGUAGCCAACAAUAUCGACGAUACAGAGGACGACACAAAGCGCACCUCGUCCAAAUCCUAGCAGUGCGUCUCUUCCUCAGUAAAUGGGGGGGUAAUAGAUCGGGUUUGAGAACAUUGGGCCCCAGUUGGUGUACCAUUGGUGAGUAGAAAUGUAACACACAUGCACAUUUGGUAUGUAGCUAAUUUCCUGGUCAUCUGACUAUAGUUGAAAAGCACACCUGUCUGUGGGAAAAGUAAAGCCCUUGGUUUGCGGAUCCCAUAGGUGCAAGUGAUAUCGUGAGCACACCAAGAAAUGCAGCCAUGGCUAUACACUCAUUUGUGUGGCAUCUGUCAUCUUUGAGGUUGGUUGACCUAUCCCACACUUUACUUCUCCAGCUUGGGUUCCUUUAUUCCUUAAUCUGCAGAAAUCCAAGACUAUGCGGUGGUGUAUUUGAUUUUACAUAAGUAGACAUUAAGACAUCAGGCCCCAUUUGAAUUGGUGGCAUGGUCAUUCUGAUGAAAGCCAGAUCUGAUUUGGAAAGCUGACUUGUUCUAAAGUACCGAAGUUCACUUUACAUUUUAAAAGUUUUUCCUCGGUUUCUCUUUUAAAUGACCUCAAAUUGUCCUGGGUCUUGGUGAAUUUUGACAGAUGGCAAACAUACAACAACCUGAGGUUUUUGAUUAACAAUGUUUUUAUUUAUUCUUGAAAUAUGUAUUGAUAUUAAGGAAAACAUUAAGUAGAACACGCUUGUGUAAUCAAACCCAAUACAAGAGCACUUUGAAUACGUCCUAAUUAGAACAAGGAAAAUUUUUGGUCCAUAUCUUGGAUCCUUUGUUUUCCAAUCUAGGUAAUACAAGGCCCCAGUUUUUACAAGACAAUUUAUUAAAUCCCAAGGAUGUUGUUAUAAAGGGGUUUGACUGUAUUUUGUUUUCCUUUUUGCAUUUUCUGUGACUAUGAUGAUACUGAUGGGAACUGUGACAUUGUGGAAGUCUAAGUACAUGUAUAUGCAAAUAAUAAAUGUUUGAAAACAAUGGUAAGAAUAUUUCGAAGCCAAGUAGAAUCGAACAUUUCAUCUGUCACCUCGUGCAAUUAAAUGUAUUCUUUACUGUUGCACGAAUCCCCUUUUGUUAGUGGAACUAAUAGGUCCCGCUUGCCUAUAAAGGUCCAUCUUUUACAAAAUAGAUUCAUGCCUGAAGCGCUACCCACUGGUAGUACCCCCAUGCAAUGUAGACUGGUUUCCGUUCCAACGUUACUUCCUCAUUUUAUUUGGAAUAACAUACAGUGGAAUGUCGCUAUAACAAACACGACAGGGUCCACAGAAAAUGUUCGGUAUAACAGUCGUUUGGCAUGGCAAUUUUCAGUCACCAAUGUACGAACCAUAUCCAAACUCCGGCCCAUUCAUGUGUGUGUCAGCCCAUUCCACAAAAAGUUUCAAAUGAGGAUUUUAGGCCAAAAUUUACCAGCAAUAAGCUAAAAAAAAAUUAAAUUCCUGCAUUUAAACAAAUUAUGUUAAUCUCCUUUCAUGUUUCAACUUUUGGUUGUCCUUACUGGCAGUAGAAUUGCAAAAUGAAAUCAAUUUUUCUUGUAUCAUCACUUAAAAUCCCCAUGUGACAUGUACAUGUAGAAACAAUUCCACUGGUUCCUGUUCUUAAAAUGGCACUUACAUAAAUGGGCAGCGCCCGGAACCAUUCCAAUAUAGUAGCACUGUAAGUGUACAUGUCCGAAAUUGGCAACAAAAGAUCAGCCAAGCAUUUUUGGAAACAAUAAAAAGUAGUGAGAUAUUUA